AAAAUUAGGCCACAACAAGUGAGAGAAUAAGAAAAGAACAAGUAGUAUAUAAAAGCGCUCACGUGUCGGUGGUUUUGAUUAUGAGAUUGUAACAAACAAACAACAGAGCUCAUUGCCUGCUUUGAUUAUGGCAGAACUGGAGCUUAUUUCAAGAGUUUGAAACCACCAAUCCCCUUUCUCUCUUUCUCUCUCUCUCUCUCUCUCUCUAUUUUGUUUGCGGUGAUCAUUGAAAGUGGAGCACCGGAUAUCAAAGAGAGAGAAAGGGAAAGGUCUGGCAGGGUUAAAGAGCAUAGCAGCCAGGGUAGUGGUGGCCGGCGGCGGCUGUUGUAGAAGGAGGAAGAUAAGGAAUAGUAAAAGGAAAUUGAAAGUGGGAGAUAAAUCAAUGGAUUGGUGGCAUAAAAUGCUUUUUCCUGUUAGAAGAGUUUGGUUUGCUGUUUCUUCUCAUCUCAAGCCUCGCAAAAAUGGUGCUGGACUUCUGAAGCUUCACAAUGAUGUACAGACCUGCGGAUAUGAAGAUGUUCAAGUUAUGUGGGAAAUGUUGAAAAGAUCAGAAUCAGAGCAGAUAGCUAACAAUCCCAAACGCAAGCACUGCCCGUUUCGGAAAGUUCUUAUAUGGUCUAACCACAGUGCAGCAUCUUCCUUCUCUGCAAAUCGUGCCUAAUGCAAGACUCCAUCUUUAUACUCUAUGUUAAUAAUAAUUUGCUGCUUCUGUCCCGAAACUAGACAUGGGCAUUCAUCUUGAUUUUAAUAUCCAACGGCCGACAUUGCAGUAGCAUUGUAUAGAGCUGUUGCUGAAUGUAUCUAAAAAUCGAUGCAAUACAAUAUGUGUCAAAAGUUUACCAUUGUCAUGACAAACGAGUUCCCGUCAAAUGAAAGUCAUUUGUAAAUACAUA